AUGGCAUGGCUCAAUUCCCCUGCCGUAGAGUUAGGUUUUCCGCUCAUCCUCCUCUGGAUAAUAUACAGAUUUGUCACAAAGAGGAAGUGCCACAGCAACAAGGGGAAGUUGGGAUUGCCACCAGGGCCACGGCCAUGGCCACUGAUAGGCAAUCUCCAUCUUUUGGGAAGCCUUCCUCACAAGUCCCUAGCUGACCUCGCAAAAAAGCACGGGCCCAUCAUGUCUUUCCGCUUGGGCUCGGUACCCACGAUUGUGGCCUCUUCUCCUGCCAUGGCCAAAGAAUUCCUUAAAACCCACGAUCUGAUCUUCGCAAAUAGGCCACCUUCAGCGGCGGCACAUUACAUGGCCUACCAGCGCAGAAACAUGGUGUUUGCCCCCUACGGAGAGUACUGCCGGCAGAUCAGAAAGCUCUGCACAAUUGAAUUACUGACGACCAAGAGAACGGAGUCAUUCAGGUGGGUGAGGGAGGAAGAGGUGUCUGCCAUGGUGCGAUCUGUGUGGGAGAAGAGCGACAAGGCCAUGCGCUGCAUCGAACUGCGGAACCCCAUCUCCUCCCUCACACUCAACAUUAUCUGCAGAAUGUUUGCAGGCAGAACUUUCUCCGACCAUGAACUGGGCGGUGGAGUGUUUUUAGAGAUGAUGGAUGAGAUUAUGCAUCUCGGGGGAGUAUUUGUUCUCGGAGACUACAUUCUCUCUGUUGCCUUUCUCGAUUUGGGAGGCUUCUGCCGCCGUAUGCAGGCUGUUCAUAAAAUAUACGAUGAGUUUGCUGACAAGCUCAUCGAUGAGCACGUUGACCGGAGAAGGGCGAAAAAGUCGGAGUCUCUGGACAUUGUGGACGUGCUGCUGCACAUGGCUGAGAGCGAGAAUUCUGCGAUAGAAGACAUGUUAAGCGGUGGAGUAGAGACAUCUGCGGCAACUGUAGAAUGGGCAAUCACUGAGCUGCUGAGAAACCCUCAAGUGAUGGCAAGGGGGCAGCAAGAGAUUGACUUACAGGUUGGGAGAGAUCGCAUCGUAAGGGAAAGUGAUCUGCUCAUAGACUGCUUUGAUUGGAGUGCAGAGGGUGAUUUGGAUAGGGAUGAAGAGUUUGGAUUGACCCUACCAAAGAAGAGUCCUCUCUCUGCUCUUCCUUCGUGGAGGCUCACCACCGAUGAGCCACUAUAA